AGUUAUUCUGAGUGACGGCCCUUGCAAGCGCUUCUGAGUGGUUAUCAUGGGCUUCAUUGCCUUUCUGAAGACCCAGUUCAUAGUUCAUCUCCUCAUUGGGUUUGUUUUCGUUGUGAGUGGACUGAUCAUUAACUUCAUUCAACUAUGCACGCUAGUCCUCUGGCCCAUAAACAAGCAGUUUUAUCGCCGAGUAAACUGUCGCCUUGCCUAUUCGCUGUGGAGCCAGUUAGUCAUGUUGCUGGAAUGGUGGUCGGGCACAGAGUGCACCUUGUUCUCCGACCAAGCUACGGUGGAUACCUUUGGGAAGGAGCACGUCAUCAUCAUCUUGAACCACAACUUUGAAAUCGACUUCCUGUGCGGCUGGACUAUGACAGAGCGCUUUGGAGUGCUGGGGAGUUCCAAAGUUCUUGCUAAAAGAGAACUAUUAUAUGUGCCCCUAAUCGGCUGGACGUGGUACUUCCUUGAGAUCGUCUUCUGCAAAAGAAAAUGGGAAGAAGACAGAGACACAGUAAUUGAAGGAUUAAAACGCUUGUCUGAUUAUCCUGAAUAUAUGUGGUUUCUCCUGUACUGUGAAGGAACUCGUUUUACAGAGACAAAGCAUCGUAUCAGUAUGGAGGUAGCUGAAUCCAAGGGGCUGCCGAAGCUGAAAUAUCAUCUGUUGCCCAGAACCAAAGGUUUCACCACUGCUGUCCAGUGUCUCAGGGGAACAGUUUCAGCAGUGUAUGAUGUAACGCUAAAUUUCAGAGGAAACAAGAACCCGUCUUUAUUAGGAAUUCUUUAUGGAAAGAAAUAUGAAGCAGAUAUGUGUGUAAGGAGAUUUCCUCUGGAAGAUAUCCCUCAAGAUGAAAAGGAAGCUGCAAACUGGCUUCAUAAGCUUUACCAAGAAAAGGAUGCUUUGCAAGAGAUGUAUAAUCAAGAAGGCGUUUUCCCUGGCCAGCAGUUUAAACCUCCUAGAAGACCGUGGACUCUCCUAAACUUUCUCUUCUGGGCCACAGUUCUCCUGUCUCCUCUCUUCACAUUCGGCUUUGGAGUUUUUGCAAGUGGAUCACCUCUUCUUAUCCUUGCGUUCCUGGGAUUUGUUGGAGCAGCUUCCUUUGGAGUUCGUAGACUGAUAGGAGUAACUGAAAUAGAAAAAGGCUCCAGCUAUGGCAACCAAGAAUUCAAGAAAAAGGAGUAACUGACAGCUGCAGUUCAGCACAUGUAACCAGACUGUGGUAUCCAAUUAACUUCAGUU